AUGCCGGUUGGGACUGCUGUGACUGUUGCCAGGACGACUGCUUUUGCUGGUUGUAUUGCUGUGAUUGUCGUGGAAGCGAAGGCCGGUGCUGUAAGUGGUUCUGUUGCUUAUCACUCCCGCCUGCACCAGAUCGCCACUGCAUCACUGCGCCACCCUGGCCAGGCGCCAAAGAAUCUGUAUGCAAUCUUCGCGGGACCUGAUCACGGGAUUCGCUGUGCGAUUGGGUGGCUGGAUAUGUACUCGCAUGAUCCACAACAGGAAAAGUAG